AUGCAUCGCCGUAGCUGCCCCCACUACUUAUCGCCUUAUCACCUCGCGCCCUACGCGCCUUACCUUGACAUUGACUCUCCCUCCCGAUAUCGCUUCGAGGUUCGAGAAGGACUAGAAUCGUUGAGCGCAGCCAUGGCGACUACCUCAGCGCAUGUGCCGGAUCAGACGACAUACGAGGAGGCCCGAAAUGGCGCCGCCGCUUAUCUGCAGUCGCGACUCUUGGCGCAAGAUCGUGUUGCCGACGAGAACUUCGAGAUUCCCAUUAUCGAUCUGACCCCUUCAUUCUCUGCUUCGCUUGAGGAUCGGCAAGUGGUAGCUGCACAGAUUCGUCGAGCCUGCACCACCUCCGGGUUCUUCUACAUCAGCAAUCAUCGCAUACCAGAAUCAGCCUGUGACGGCAUCUUGCAUCAGGCUGAUCGCUUCAUGCAUGAACUGCCGCUGAGCAAGAAAGAGACUUUGCAUCUGAAGAACAACAAAUUUGGCUUGGGUUGGGAGCCGAGCGAGUAUACAUCCAUCGCUGGUGACAAGGAGGAGAAGGAAGUCUUCAACUUCGCAUACGAAGAGCGCCUGGACUUUUCUGGUGGAGAUGGCCAAUACAAGAAUCUUGACGGGUCAACAGAGAAGAGCAACAUGUGGCCUGAGGAACAAGACCUGCCGGGCUUUUAUGAAAACGUCCGUAAAUACUAUGGUGCUGUCCUUGAUCUCGCCCGUCACUUGUUUCGCCUCUUUGCGCUCUCACUCGAUCUCCCCGAAGAUUACUUCGACUCCAUGACGACGCAUCCUGGGGGUAUUGCACGACUUCUUUACUACCCGCCCCCCAAAACCCCUCUCACUAACAACCCUACACCAACUCAAGAAGCGCAGAUCGGCCUCGGUGCACACUCAGAUUACGAGUGCUUCACAUUGCUGCUCGCAUCGACCGUGCCUGGCCUGGAGAUCUUGAAACCUUCCGGCGAAUGGUAUAUCGCUCCGCACAUCCCCGGUACCCUUAUCGUGAAUGUUGCCGACUUCCUCAUGCGCUGGACGAAUGGAUUGUAUAAGAGCACGGUGCAUCGCGUCGUAAACCGAACGGCGGAGGCGAGAUACAGUGUACCAUCCUUCUUUUCAGUCAACUAUGAUACGGUGAUUGAGACGUUGCCGACGUGUCUGAAAGAGGGCGAGGAGAGUCCUUACAAACCCAUCCGAGCGGGAGAAUACAUUCUGGAGAGGUUAAACGCGACGACGGCAUAUGGCGCAGGCUUCCAGCAGAAAGCUGCGAAGCGUAGAAAGACCGGCGGUGCGGAGAUGAAGGCGAAGAACAAGACCACCGAGCGAAAGCCGCUCCCAGUGACCGUUCUUUCCGGAUUUCUGGGCAGUGGAAAGACAACCUUGCUUCGGCACAUCCUACAGUCGCCGGACCAUGGGUUGCGCAUCGCCGUCAUUGUCAACGAUAUGGCAUCAGUCAACGUCGACGCAAACCUCGUUAGUCGUGGCAACAACAAGAACAGUAAUGGAGAGAUACGUCUAAAAGAGAAGGUCGUGCAAAUGGAGAAUGGCUGCAUUUGCUGCACAUUGCGAAGCGACCUACUUGUUGAACUAGCACGCCUGGCUUGGUCCGAGAACGCAUUUGACCAUGUAAUCAUCGAGAGCUCCGGUAUCAGUGAGCCGCAACAAGUGGCGGAGACCUUCACGACCGAGCUUACCGAGGCAAUGAUCGACGCCGAGGGACUGGAACCUGAGGAGAAGGAAGUCUUUGCUAAAGUCGCGAAGAUCGGUGGGCUGAAGAGCAUUGCCACCGUUGAUACGAUGGUCACAGUGGUGGAUGCGUUCCGAUUCUUUUCCGAGUUCGACACGGCCGAGUUCCUGCAAGACCGCUUCGGGCGCGAUGAAGUUCCAGAUGAGGACCAGCGAACCAUAUCCGAUCUCUUCGCGGACCAAAUCGAGUUUGCCAAUGUUAUCAUCAUCAACAAGAUCGAUAGAGCAGACAAGGCAACCCUGGGGCGCGUCCGGGCAUACAUAAAGUCACUAAACCCGAAGGCGAAGAUCAUUGAAGCCAGGUACUCCAAGGUGGACGUUCGCGAGAUGCUCAACACGGGCGUGUUCAACUUCGGCGAGGCUGUCGCAAGCGUUGGAUGGCUCCAGUCGUUGCAUGAAAUGACCGUCAUGGACGUCUCGGGAAGAAAGCGUGUCGCACCCAAGCCGGAGACGCUCGAAUAUGGCAUCGGCUCUUUCGUAUAUCGCGCUCGUAGACCAUUCGACCCAAUGAAGCUGUACCGACUUAUCCAGGGCAAGUUCAUCUUGCUGCAAGACGAGGCAGAAGACGUCGCCGAUGCCGAAGAGGACGAGGAAGAAGAAGAGGAAGACGGUGACGAUGGCAACGACAACGCCAUCGAUGGUUCAUCCGAAUCUGGAAAAGCCAGCGCGUCCGAAGAUGAUUCCGACAAGGUCAGCGACGACGAUGAAGAAAUUCCCCAAAUGGAUGACAAGGAAAUUCUGGCCAACAAGAAGGCUUGCCCUUACUUCGGCGGCCUACACCGAAGCAAGGGUCUCUUCUGGCUUGCCACGCGUCCUAAUCAGAUGGGCUCGUGGAGUACUGCAGGCGCAAUGCUGACACUCGGCUCUGAGAUGCCGUGGUUCUGCUGCGUGUCUGAAGAAGACUGGGGCGCCGACGAAGACACGCUGAAGGCUAUCAGGAACGACUUCGAGGGCGAGUGGGGUGAUCGUAGACAAGAAAUGGUAUUCAUCGGAGAGAAGCUCGACGUUGACGGGUUGACGAAGAUGCUCGACGCUUGCCUUUUGACGAAGAAGGAGAUGAAGAAGUGGGAGAAGGUCAUGCAUGAUGAUUCGUUGGACGAUGACGAGAAGGAAGAGACUCUGCAGGAAAUGUGGGAUGACGGCUACUGGGCCGAGUGGCCGCGGGCGCAGGAUGAAGAGGAAAACGACCAUGGUCACGAUCACUCUCAUGACCAUGGCCAUAAUCAUCACGGCCACAGGCAUUGA